AUGAAAGAGACGAAAUCUGCGGUGGUGAAUAUCCCAGAUGUGACCUGUGCAAUAAUGGAAAAGAUAUUAGAGUUUGCGUACACAUCAGAUGCAAAAAUAUCGGAAAAUGAAGUGGAACAUCUGCUGCCGAUAGCUGAUCGUUUUCAGAUGGACGGUCUUGUGACUAAAUGCUGUAGGUAUGCCGUAUCCAGUUUGCAGCCAGAAAAUUGUGUGGGAAUUUGGAACUUUGCAAAACUCUUCAAUUUUGUGAAUUUAGCAGAAACAGUUUUCAGAUACAUUUUGAAUAAUUUCACAGAGGUUUGUAAACAUGAAGAAAUGAUGGGGCUUGACUUAGAAUGUUUUGAAGAAAUAAUUAGCGACGAUAGAUUGAACGUCAAGUCAGAACAAGAAGUUUUCAACGCUAUUGUUUCUUGGAUAAGUCACCAAGAUCUAAGUGACCAGAACAAGGGAAAAUUAGGAGAAAAACUUCUCUUAAACGUUCGCUUUGGACUAUGUGAUCCAGAUCUUAUUCAUCGAAUCAUAAGAAUGCCACUGGUCCGUCAACAUCCAGCUCUGGUAAACCUUUUGGAUUCUGCUAUUUAUCAUCAAGCGGAGGCCUAUGUGAAGGAAUACGCAAAGCCGCUGUCCCACACACUACCGACCACUCGCUUGAAAUGCAUGUUUCGUCCUCGCGUUCCAUCAAGUUUGGUUUUUGCGAUAGGAGGUUGGAGUGAAGGCAGUCCCACAGCUCAGUUUGAAGCGUAUGAUGUCCGAGCGGACUGUUGGUUUUCCCACAUUAAACUCGAAGACCGUGACUAUCCAAGGGCAUACCAUGCAGUCGUUACACUCCACAACAAAAUCUACGUCAUGGGGGGUUAUAACGGGAAACGUUACUAUAACACAAUGAGAUGUUUCGAUCCGGCAAGUAAGACGUGGAGCGAAAAAGUUCCCAUGUAUACAAAACGGUGCUAUGUGAUAGCUGGUGUAGUGAGUGACUGCAUUUACGCAUGUGGCGGUUACGAGCCAGGAACACCCGAUCCCGUGGGUAGGCUGCGGACCGUAGAGAAGUAUGAUCUGCUGACGGAGCGCUGGUCGUUCGUUUCAGACAUGCUUUGUGAGCGCAGUGACGGAGGCGCAGCAGAGCUUAAUGGGAAGUUGUACGUGGUAGGCGGGUUUAACGGAGAAUCUUGUUUGAAUUCUACGGAGAGGUACGACCCUGUCACCGACCAGUGGUCACUUUUACCGACCAUGAACCAUCCCCGUAGCGGAACCGGACUCGCUGCUGUUAACAACAUGUUAGUCGCCAUCGGCGGCUAUGACGACGUCUCGCAGACAAGGAGGAAGUGCGGUGAGAAAUAUGACCCAAGGACGCACAAGUGGACCCUUAUUUCUACCAUGAAGGAGGCGAGGAGCAACUUUGCAACAGUGGUCUUGGAGGGAAGCGUUUACGUCAUUGGCGGAUUCAAUGGACAAAACACAAUGAGUUCAGUAGAAAAGUAUGACAUGGAAACCAAACGCUGGGAAGAGGUAGGGGUCCUGAACUUCCAUCGCAGCGGUCUGGGUGCUUGCGUCGUAGUCGGACUCGGGAACGCAGCCGAAUUCACGUACACUGGCAAGUAUGGGAAACGCAACAGGAGAAGACAUUCUAACAUAACACACAGGAACACUUGGAUGAGAAACAGACGAAAGUGA